AGUUGAAAACAAUAGUUUUUAUUAGAUGCUUUGCUUCCAGACUUGUACAGAAACUGUACUAACUGUUGUGUGAAGUGACUGGAUGGACAGUUGUCCGUCCUCUCCGUCAUAUCUAUCUAUCUAUCUAAGGCCUGAGAGUCUGAGACUGUAAAAAAGCAACCCCACUAGAUUAUAGAUAUCAAUUAGGCAGGAGAGGGAGAAACAGGAGUUUGCUGAGUAAAUUAAUGGUAAUGAAGAGGCCCAGUAAACUAUUUUGAGAAAUGAGGUUGGUUUGAACUUUGAAUGUCUUGGUCUGCAGGUUUUGGUCUUUCAUUGCUCCUGGGUUUUUAGUUGGGCUCAAGGGGUGAUUAAAAAAAAGGGAAGAUCGAGGGAGAUAUGGAAAGCAAAAAAACAUGGUCUUUCUCAUAUACACAGAUCCCUAUGGAAUGCAGAAGCAGCAUACCCAGUAUUACCCACUACCCAGCCAGCUUUGUUGGCUCAAACUAGUUCUUUUUGUUUAGUUUAAAGGGUCUCGUUUUGUUUUUCUUUAGUAGAUAAGAGCUUUUCAGAGAAAGAGAGAGGGGGAGCGGUAAGUGUAUAGAUUGAGGAGUUAGCUUAGGGUUGUUUAGCUUCAUGGAUAUAUUUCUUCCAUGAGUGCUCUACUGCUACAAAACAAAAAAGAAAAAAAAAAACCAGUUUUGAAACGGAGGGAAGCAAGAUAUCUUGGAAUGAUUAGUUUAUUUGUUUCCCAAUGAUUGAGUUGCCUUGCAGCUCGAGAUACUGCUAAGAAUCUCAAGUAGUGGGGGAGGGGGACGACACUGGAGAGAGAGAUAGGACGAUGAAGUCCAUGAAUAAUGAUAACAGCAACACCAAUAACUGGUUAGGUUUCUCUCUCUCACCCCACAUGAACAUCGAGGUUCGUCCAGAAUCCCAUCACCAUCAUCAUCAUCAUCAUCCUAAUCAUAGUCAAACACAGCCUCCGGCUGCGGCUGUUUCUACUGCUGUUCCAACAAGCUUCUUCUUACCUCCUCCUCCUCAGUUGAACUCCGGAAUCUGUUAUGGGGUUGACGGAGAAAAUGGUGGGUUCUAUUCUCACUUGCCCAUAAUGCCACUUAAGUCUGAUGGUUCUCUUUGUAUAAUGGAAGCUCUAACCAGGUCACAAACUGAAGGGAUGGUGCCAACUUCAUCCCCUAAGCUGGAAGACUUCUUAAGUGGUGCAUCAAUGGGAAACCAUCACUACGGAAGCAAUGAAAGAGAAGCCAUGGCUCUCAGCUUGGACAGCAUGUAUUACCAACAUAACACUGAACCAGACACCAACAGACACAACUUUCUUCAACAACCGUUUAGGCAGCAACAGCAGCAGAUUCAAGUUCAACAGCAUCCAUAUUUCUCUGGACUUACAGGCCAUGAGAUGUUCCAAGCACCACUGGAGGAGGAACCAGGCCUGAAGAGCUGGGUUACUAGGCACUAUUCAACCAGCCAGGCAUUGGAACGUAAAAUGACCACUGGUUGCAUUAGUGAAGAUGGAGCAGGGACUACGUCUGUUGGUCCUAUGGGAUAUGGGGAUUUGCAGCCUCUGAGCUUGUCCAUGAGCCCUGGUUCUCAGUCAAGCUGUGUGACAGCCCCACAGCAAAUUUCUCCAACUGUAACCGACUCUAUGGCCAUGGAAACAAAGAAGAGAGGGUCUGGAAAGGUAGGUCAGAAACAACCUGUUCAUCGGAAGUCCAUUGACACAUUUGGACAGAGAACCUCUCAGUAUAGAGGCGUUACAAGUGUCCUUAUCAGGCAUAGAUGGACCGGUAGAUAUGAAGCCCAUCUAUGGGAUAAUAGUAGCAAGAAGGAAGGGCAGACCAGGAAAGGGAGGCAAGUUUAUCUGGGGGGCUAUGAUAUGGAAGAGAAAGCUGCCAGAGCUUAUGAUCUAGCGGCUCUCAAGUAUUGGGGCCCUUCAACCCACAUCAAUUUCCAACUGGAAAAUUACCAGGGAGAACUCGAAGAAAUGAAGAACAUGAGCAGGCAAGAAUAUGUUGCUCACUUGAGAAGGAAAAGCAGUGGUUUCUCGAGAGGGGCUUCAAUGUACCGUGGAGUAACAAGACAUCAUCAGCAUGGGAGGUGGCAAGCUCGGAUUGGCAGGGUUGCAGGAAACAAAGACCUUUACCUUGGGACAUUCAGCACCCAAGAAGAAGCAGCUGAAGCAUAUGACGUCGCAGCAAUCAAGUUCCGAGGGGUGAAUGCUGUCACCAACUUUGAUAUAACGAGAUAUGACGUUGAAAGAAUCACAGCGAGCAAUACAUUGCUUGCGGGAGAACUUGCCAAGCGAAACAAAGAUACAGAAUCGAGCGAGUUUGUUGAUACCCCUUCUGCCUCAGUUCAGAACAGCAUUGCAGAAGCUGGGGUUUCCGAAGACAAAAGUAGGGGCUGCGCAGACUGGAAGAUGGUACACUAUCAACCCUCCGACCAACCAAUCACUUGCGUCGAACCACUCGAUGAGAAACCUAUGAAUUACAGAAACCCAUCUUUCUCAGGGGCCCUACAUGAUCUGAUUGGAAUUGAUCAUGGGGUAGAUGACUCGGGCAAGCAGGGUACCUAUCUGUCCAAUGCGUCUUCUCUGGUGACCAGCUUAUGCAGUUCCAGAGAAGGCAGCCCCGAUAGAAAUGGGCUUCCUAUGCUCUUUGCAAAAUCCACGGCGGCAUCAAAGCUCGUUCCUCCUAAUGCCACCAUGAAUGCUUGGAUUCCAUCUGCUGCCCAGCUGAGGCCUUCAAUCCCAAUGUCUCAUAUGCCUGUCUUUGCCGCCUGGUCAGAUGCUUAAGCUCUCUCUUGUUUGUUAAAAAAGCUCUGUGAAGUUUCGGCGGAAGUGGGAAAGAAAAAGAAAGAAAAAAAAAAAGAAAAAAGCAGAGCAACAAAGAGAACGUGUGUGUGUGUGAGAGAGAGAGGAUUACCAUGUGUAAGCUGUGAGUGGAUGGAAAUUGGGAUUAAAAGAAGGUCGAGGUGGGACCAGUAAUCUGUCUUAAAAAAAGCUUGAAAACUGAAAAUUUCUUGGGCGGCCCCUUUAGCCCAUGUUGGGAUGAAAGAUUUCCCAGAAUUGGUUGAAGCCAGCCAGUAAUGAUUGUAUUCUGUGGAAUGAUUUCGUUAAUAUGGUGGUGGAGGGUGACCCAUCUAUGUUCAAUUCUGUUCUUUUUUUUUCUACAAAGUUAGCAGACAUUCCAUCUCAUUAUGCAAAAAGGUGUUUCAUAGAUUCUCCGUAAUGAAGACUUUAUUUGGUUGAGUUUGAACUUUAAA